AUGGCGGACACCGGACGGCUGGACAGCACCGCUCCGACCGUCCCGCUCCCUGCAGAACCCGCCGCGACCGUGACGCCGCCGCGGGCAGGUCACCGCCACUGCGCCCCGCCGCCCGCUCCUGCACCCGACCUCCCGGCGGCUCACCAGCUCACUCCGGAGCACUCGGGGUUCUUCCUGAUGGCGGGUCGCUCGCUGGCCCACUUCCUCCGCGGGCCUCUCCAGGAGAGCGGAAGUAAGAACAGGAUGAGAAGUUCUGAGUACAGUCCAAAGCAGGACAUUUCUAAAGGAUCACAUUCGCUUGACACAUCCUGCGGACUCUUUGGAGUGGUCCUCAUAGGAACAGAGUCUGGUGAUAUCUGUGGUCCUUUAGCACAGAUGUAAGGGCAUCUCUCAGAUGAAGAAGGCAGCAGACUAGAAGGUGAUGUCUUGGAAAAGAAAGAUAAGAACUCCACAAAAGACAGAUAUGAGGAAUGUAAAGAUGUAGGGGAACAUCCAGGUAUGCCCUCCAGUCCUGUUGAGCAUCAGGGAGAAGCAAAGAGGCAGAAGUCCUAUCAAUGUGAUGAAUGUGGCAAAGUUUUUAACAAGAGCUCUCACUUCCUUGGACAUCAGAGAAUCCACACUGGAGAGAGACCCUGUGAAUGUAAUGAGUGUGGGAAGACCUUCCAACAGACAUCUCAGCUAAUUGUUCACUUCAGAACACAUACUCAGGAGAAACAUGAAUGUUGUGAAUCUGGGAAGAAUUAUUCUCACAGUUCCAAUCUUAUUCAACAUCAGAGACUCCAUAAUGGGGAGAAAUCUUAUAAAGGUAAUGAAUGUGUAAAAACUUCCAUUCAGAAUUCCCAGGUCACGGACUACAAGAGAACCCAUACUGGAGAGAGACCUAAUGAGUCUGGGGAAGCAGUCAUUUGAAGUAAAAGUCUUACCCACCAUCAGGUCCUUCACACUAGAAAGAAGCCCUAUGAGUGUAACGAGUGUGGGAAAGCCUUCUCUUCCAACAGAAAUCGUAUUGACCACCAGAGAAUCCACACUGGGGAGACGCCUUAUGGAUGUAUUGAGUGUGGCAAGGACUUUAGUCGCAGUAAGUGUCUCACUUGACAUCAGAGUCUCCAUACUAGGGAAAAAUCAUACAAAUAUAGUGAAUGUGGGAAAGCCUUCAAUCAGAACUCUCAGCUCAUUGACCAUGAACGAAUUCAUACUGGUGAAAAGCCUUUCGAAUGUAGUAAGUGUGGUAAAAAAUUCAGUUUAAGUAAAUGCCUUAUUCGGCACCAGAGACUUCACACUGGAGAAAAGCCCUAUAAAUGCAGUGAGUGUGGAAAAUGCUUUAAUCAAAACUCUCACCUCACUAUACACCAGAGAAUUCACACUGGUGAGAAACCUUGUGGAUGUAAUGAGUAUGGGAAGGUCUUCAGUUAUAGUUCUAGCCUUAUGGUUCAUCAGAGAACCCAUACUGGUGAAAAACCCUGUAAAUGUAAAGAUUGCAUGAAAGCCUCUGGUGACAGUUCACAACUUAUUGUGCACCACAGAGUUCACACUGGUGAGAAGCCUUAUGAAUGUAUUGAAUGUGGGAAAGCCUUUAGUCAGUGUUCCACCUUUAAUCACCAUCAGCGAACUCACAAUGCAGAGAAGUCCUCAAGUCUGCUUCAGACAGUAUCUUAAGGCAUGGUUUCCUGAGACAGAAUAAAGAAGUCUGAGUUAGUUU